UAGGGGCGGGUCCCUGAGGUCCUGAGGAGGAGCACACGGCGCAGCCCAUGGGACGCCCCCUGAGAUCCGCAGCCCCCGGAUUCUAGGCCCGUGACAACCUGUCAUGUACAGUUGUACAAACAAGUACCCCAGUGAGGCACCCCUGAGCAGUGCUCCGUCCACACCUGGGCUGCACCAACUCCCCUCUCGACUUCCCAGUUCUAGGUGCUUAGAAGAAGAGUUAGCAGAGGUUUUCCACAAACAAAUGGAAUGCAUCACAGAACUUUGCUAACAUGGACAACUUUGCACAGAAGGACGAACGCCUUGGUAGACCUUCCAGACACACCAACAAGAUACAGAAAGGUUUUACUGCUGCAUAUCCAACAAAACCCUCCAUUCCUUUUAAAUCACAAAUUCCAGUAGCUCCAGAACAAGAAAAAAAAGGAUUUAACAGUCAAGCCAAGAGAUUUUAUCAUAAGCAGGAUGACAUUCCGGGUCCUGGGUUCUACAACGUCAUCCACAAGUCUCCUGUGUUCAACAGCGUCUCACUGUCCAAGAAGGGGACCUGCACCUUUCCCUCCAUGAGCGUCCGCUUGGGCACCAUCAUUUCUAAAUACCCUGCGGCGAAUGCGUACACUAUCCCAUCAGAUUUUAUUUCGAAGAAAGACUUCAGUAAUUCCUGUUCUAGCAUGUUCCAGUUGCCAAGCUUCAUGAAAAUUCUCAAAUCCGAAACCCCCGCACCAAACCACUACAACGCCUCCAUCUCUUGCUGCAAGCUAAAGAACAAUGUCUCCACCCGAGCUGGGUUCCUGUCCAAGACCGGGAGAGACUCUUUCACCACCACUGUCACAGGACCUCCACCAGGACAGUAUGAUGUCAACGAAUCCCUUGUGAAGCAGUCACCAAAGUCGUUAAUGUCUUGCUUUAAAUCAAAAACUGAUCGUGGAUUAAAACUGACGUCAACAGGCCCAGGGCCCGGUUACUACAACCCAAACGAUUACACCAGGGUUCCAAAGAAGACCCAUAUUCCGAAAAACUCCAUGCUGAACUUCUCUGCUCAGCCUUUGCCUCUGCCCCUGAAGCCGUCUCUGCCAGGCCCUGGGCAGUAUGAGAUCGUGGACUACGAGGGGCCCCCCAAGCACUUCAUCUCUAGCGCGUCAUUUGUGUCCAACACCAGCCGGUGGACAGCAGGACCGUCCCAGCAAGGCCUGCCCGGCCCAGCCACCUACAAGCCGGAAUUCCCGGGAAAGCAGUCGUUCCUCUACAACGAGGACCACAAAUGGAUCCCAGUGAUGUAGUGAGAAGCCAGGAAGACCCAGAGACACCAGGAAGGUGCUGGCUGGGCCCUCGACUCAGCUAAGGCUUCAUGUUGCACCUUCAGGAAGAGCCUGGAAGCUGGCCCCGCCCCGGUCCUUUUCUUCAUCACCCCCCUGGAGAGCUGCCCGUGGUUCACAGGCUUGUGUAGCACGUGUGACAGUCCCUUGCUGGAGCCAGAGUCCUGGACGGAGCAGUUCCCAGGGGCAGGGAGGCCACACUGUGCCCUGUGCCACCAGAUCUCUCCCCCCUGACCUUGCCCCUGCCUGAGCCUGGGCUCCAUCCCCUCCUGACCUCCUGCUUCGGUGACAGAGACAGACUUAUUGACCAA